UCGCGAAUCUUCCCAACACGAUGACUGGUCGAGGACGGAGGAGAAGAAAUGUUCCCAACGCUUCUCAGAGAGCUCCUGAUACGUCUAUUGCUCCGAAAAGACCCACAACUCUACCUCCUCAAUACGAUUUCACACCGCCGGCGGUCCCAGAUCCUCGGGUUCAGCCGCCAGUACAGCAGCCUCGCAUUGUUCCCCAACAUUCAACCUCUGCACGUCAAGCAUCAGAAGAAGUCCGUCAACCGACUCCACAACAACCUACUCCGCAUCAACCGCAUCCAGAAGAUGAGGCUCCACCGUCUCCACAUUCACAUCUGAACUCUGAUGGUCCGAAUGUGGGUCAUAGUCAGCCUUAUUCUUCUCAAGGAAAUAACUUCAUGGAGUUUUCUCCAAUGUUGCCGGAGCUCGAGGAAGAAACGCUACAGGCUCUGAAUGCUCUGCUUCAGGUGCCAGACCGGGAUCAGUUUACCACGGUCCUCUCUCCAACACCGAGAGAAAACACCACUUGGUCUGAAUUCUUUCUCUAUUGAUAAACGUAUCAAUUGUGUUCCUUUUCAUAGUUAAAGUGUCUGAGUAUAGGUUGAUGUCUGAUUGUA